GUUCGACGAUACGUCGAGCCCAGCCGAGAUGUGGUGGUCGCUGUGAGAAGCGUAACUCCAGCUGAAGUCAAGCACAAGAUGUUCUGUGGACUACGGUACCAAGUACGGACCUAUGCGGUGACAAAACGGUCGCCUGCGUCAACACCGGUUUCCCAGCUGCAGUGCUGCUCGCUCAUUUCGUUUGACGAAGAGACGGAGGCGAAGCUGGGAUCUGAUGCCGUUCGCGCACUUACGAAUUUCCUGGUCGUAAGUUUAGUAGCCAAGAAGCAAGACCACCAGGAAUGCAUCGAGAACGCGUUGAUGGAUAACACUCUUCAUCCUGCAUUUUAA